AUGGAGUCGUAUAUUCCCUCCAAGGUUGUAUGCCUCUUUCUCGUCCAGUUCGACGUAAAGGUAGGCUACAAGUUAGUGUGGUCCAAGUCCACCAAAGAAGAUUUCCUAACUGACACUACUUCGUCUAAUAUCGAGUACAAAGUACUUCCUUCAGGACUCCAAGAGGUCAGUAGUUCAACCAUCUUAAUCAGUCAUGAGUACAAGGGGAAACUAUACUUUGGACUCUCCCAGUUCCAUCAAAACGAAGAUGAAUUGCAAGUCGCCACGGGAGGUGCCGGGGUUGAUCGUACGCAAGUUAAAAUGUUUGCACUUGGUGUCAUAUGUGAUAAUGAACAAGAUUCAUGGAAGCCUAAUGAGUUUCUUCAUGUGGGCUGGGAAUAUGGUCUGUUGCUUAAAGAUAAGCUUUUGGCCCUUUUUGCCUCUACAGAUGAUGAUGGUUCUGGGGCAUUGAAUGAUGCAAACAAAUCUCUUUUGGAACAAUUAUACCUUACUUUGACGACUACUGGGGAUACUAGUGUUUCAAACAACUCAUACGAAUCCCAAUACCAUCCCUUAAAGCAGUUGCCACAAUACUUUCGUAUUUUGGGUCCCUUAGUCUAUCAAGUGUAUAAGCAAGCAUUAUUACGAAAGAAAAUCCUUGUGGUGAAUCACCAUCACGAGAAUAUGAAUUAUACUAUAUGUGCCUUCAAUUACAUCAUUAGUUUAUGUUCCGUGAUUCCCUUUGAUGUCCAAGCUCAAUUGAAGCAAACUAUCGAGAAGUAUACUAAAGGUGAUCCAGCAAGUGCAAGAACAAUCAAUGCAGAAUUCUAUUCAACUCCGUUGUACAACAUAGGAUUACAUGAUAUUCCAUCGUUACCACAUCACCCUGGCUACAUAGCUCUGACCAACGACGAAAUGAUGAUGUACCAAAGGGGUGUAUUUGAUAUACUCGUAUAUUUGGACCAAGAAUACCCAAAGAUUAUCCUGUGUGAUGCAAUUUCCAAUAUGACGUUACCAGGUGCCUCGCAGUAUCUCAAAGCAUCCCAUCAUGAGUACGAAGAUUACUUGGCAGUAUUUCAACAUAUAAACAGUGGUUCCGUGCUAGAACCCCAAUUAUGGUGGAGUCAGGACGCAACGCAGUCCAUUGGUUGGCAAGAAUACAUUUGGUCUGCAUUCUCGUGGUUUGCUUCUGCUGGUCAGGAGCAACCUGGAAACGAGCAGUACUGUCCCCUUAUGAAAGAUAGCGAGGACGGAGAUGCAGUGGAAGAAAGAGAAGAAGGAGAUGCAGAUGCAGACGCAGACACAGAAAGCAUUGAUGACGACGCACAAGAUGCAACCGCAACUACGGAUGUACCUGAACCUGCUGAGAUUAAUACCGGAAGUUCUGGUUCCACUGGCACUACACUUGUUGGGGAACCAAUGGAACCUCCUCAUCUGAUUCCCUUGAAUGACCUUUCAAUCGUUGAUCUCAUUGGACGAUUCCAUAAACGUACGCGUAGGUUAUUUUACUAUAUUAAUGAAAUUGUGAUGGAAACAAUCGAGUAUCAACUUCAGGGUGAUGACGUGGGGAGUUACGACGCCAAUAAUACUCUGCAUCAAUUAAAUUCACGGGUGGUGAUUGAAUUGACUUACCAAGACGUUCAUGAAGCAGGAUUUGAUCCAUAUAUGGCGCUGGAGCUUGAAUUUCUUCGUCAAUUUGUUUUACUUUACUGGGAACCGCUUGUGCUGGAUGUAGAGAUUGGCUUGGGAGUUCAAGGUAUUUGUUGUUAA